AUGCCACAGCUAAUGUUGGCGACGGAUGGCGUGGCUUCGAUUCUUGGAAAGCGCCUCGUUGCAUUGCUCGUUCCCGUUCUUGCUACCAUGCUUGUUGUUUCAUGGAGUGUGCUCAAUCUGCCGAAUCCGUUUGUAGGCCAGUAUGAGGCACCCUUCUUUCUUAUCAUGGAUGAAAGCAGCAAGGACAGCGUCAAGGGAAAAAUUGAAUCUUCCGUAGUAAAUGCACUGGUUGCCAUUGGUGUUGUCACAGCUGUCACGUUUCUCAUGGUGCUGCUGUACAGGUGGGGUUGUGAGAAAAUUCUCUUUGGAUGGCUUAUGCUCUCUGCCAGUUCUGUUUUAUUUGUAAUGCUGGGGAUCUGGAUAGAUCUUGUCUGUACCCGCUUUCAGAUACCGUAUGAUAUUGUCACGGCAGCCAUCCUUCUAUGGAACGUUGCUGCUGUUGGUCUUAUUUCAAUAUUUUACUAUUCGCAUCCUGUUCUGGCGCAGGUGAAUUUGAUUUUGGUAUCCAUCGUCAUUGCAUGUUGUUUGACUCUCAUUCCAGAAUGGACGGCGUGGUCAUUACUUGUUGCUGUCGCAAUAUAUGACGUUGCUGCUGUUCUGUGUCCACACGGUCCACUUCAAAUGCUUGUCGCGGUGGCGGAGGAGCGCAAUAAACCUCUGCCUGGAUUUGUAUAUGAUAGUUCGAGCGAGAUUGCUAUGAUACCAAUGCGAAACUAUGAGGGUGAAGAAGAAGCUGUGAAAAUGCGUCCAGUUUCCGAUGUUAGUGAAGAGAGAUCAAACAAAGUGGUUGCACAAGAUCCUUCCCAAGGGUUUUCAGCGUCUUUUUUGUACAAUGUGCUCAACCGUGUUCCUUUUGUACUUGGACUGGGAGACUUUAUCUUUUACAGUUUCUUGUGUGGGAGGGCGGCCAUCUAUUCGUUUUUGCCUUGGAUGAUGUCAUCUUUGGCUGUUUUGCUCGGUCUUGUUGGCACUCUUACUUCUUUGGUGCUGCUAAAAGGCAAAGUUAAGGCUCUUCCCGCGUUGCCUAUUUCCAUUUUCUGUGGUGUGGUUACAUUCUUCUUCUGUCGCUACAUUAUUGUCCCAUUCGACUGGUUUGCAACAAUGUCGAUGUUGGCUCUUUGA